AUGUCUUUGUCUAGCAAGCUUUCCAUCAAGGAUUUGGACCUCAAGAACAAGCGCGUUCUUAUUCGUGUCGACUUCAACGUCCCCAUGAAGGAUGGUUCCAUCACCAACAACAACCGUAUUGUCCAGGCCUUGCCUACCGUCAAAUACGCUCUUGAUAACGGUGCCGCCGCUGUUAUCUUGAUGUCCCACUUGGGUCGUCCCAACGGUGAAAAUGUCCCCAAGUACUCUCUUGAGCCCGUGGCCAAGGAAGUCGAGAAGCUCUUGAAGAAGCCUGUCACUUUCCUCAAAGACUGUGUCGGUCCCGAGGUCGAAAAGGCUUGCCAGGGAGCCAAGGAUGGUCAGGUUAUCCUUCUCGAAAACUUGCGUUUCCACAUUGAAGAAGAAGGUAGCGCCAAGGAUGCUAACGGUAACAAGAAGAAGGCCGAUCCCAAGGCCGUCGAAGAAUUCCGCAAGUCUUUGACCAGCCUUGCUGAUGUUUACGUCAACGAUGCUUUUGGUACCGCUCAUCGUGCUCACUCUUCCAUGGUCGGUGUUGAGCUUCCUCAGCGCGCCGCCGGUUUCCUUAUGCAAAAGGAACUCGAAUACUUUGCCAAGGUGCUUGAAAAGCCCGAACGUCCCUUCUUGGCCAUCUUGGGCGGUGCCAAGGUCUCUGAUAAGAUCAAGUUGAUUGAAAACAUGCUUGACAAGGUCAACUCUUUGAUUAUCUGUGGUGGUAUGUCCUUCACCUUCAAGAAGACUUUGGAGAACGUCAAGAUUGGUACUUCUCUGUUCGAUCAAGCCGGUUCUGAAUUGGUUGAAGGUCUCGUCGAAAAGGCCAAGGCCAAGAACGUCAAGCUCAUCUUCCCCGUCGAUUACGUCACCGCCGACAAGUUCAGCCCUGAUGCUAAGACCGGUUAUGCUACUGAUUCUGAGGGUAUUCCCGAUGAUUACAUGGGUUUGGACUGUGGUAAAGAAUCCAACAAGAUCUUCGCUGAGGAAAUCUUGAAGGCCAAGACCAUCCUCUGGAACGGUCCCACUGGUGUCUUUGAAUUCGAAAAGUUCGCCAACGGUACCAAGAGCGCUUUGGAUGCCGUCGUCGAGGCUACCGAGAAGGGCGCCACUUCCAUUAUUGGUGGUGGUGAUACCGCUACGGCCGCUCUCAACUGGGGCAAGGGUGACAAGAUCUCCCAUGUCAGCACCGGUGGUGGUGCCUCGCUUGAACUUCUUGAAGGCAAGGUCCUUCCCGGUGUCGAUGCUCUCUCCACCAAGUAA